AUGGGCGACGCACACAAGAUCUCGAUCACAGUAUGCGGCGACGGUGGCUGCGGCAAGUCGUCCAUCACACUGCGUCUGGUCCGUAGCCAAUGGACGCAUGAAUACGACCCCACCAUCGAAGACUCCUACUCCGUGACGCGAACGAUCGAUGGCACGACCUACCAGCUGAACCUAACGGACACUGCUGGACAAGAAGAGUAUCGUGGGCUAUGGUCUUCGUCGAAUCUCACCUCAGAUGCCUUCCUCUUGGUGUACGACAUCACGCAGCAAAGCUCCCUCCAAGCGCUCGACUACUUCAACCAGCUCAUCGAUAUGGAGAAAGAGAAUCGCGUAGAGCGCGGGGCUGUGCUACCCGUUUGUAUCGUUGCAGGGAACAAAUGCGACUUGCAAGGCAUAAGGCAGGUUCCUGCGAGAGAAGGUCUCGACUGGGCAAGAGGUCUUGGUUACGGAUUCAUGGAGACUAGUGCAAGGGAAAUGGUCAACAUUGAAGAAACAUUUGCUCUUUUGGUCCGACGUGUUGUCCAAGCACGAAAAGCUCAUUCAGAAGGCGUCAUGAAUCUGCCCAAUUCGACUGCUCGAACGCGACCCUUGGAGCCCAUCCCAUUGCUCAGUGAGAAGGCACUUCCUCCUGAUCCGAAAUGGGACGAGCACGAGCAAAUGCCCAGAGAACGCUGGUGGCACAAGCUCAAGUGCUGGUGA